AUGUCGGCACCGCGGCGGGUGGUGAGUGCGGCGGAGGUACACACCCCCGAGUUUGGCAUUGGUUUGACCAGCUGGGCGCCUAUCGUGCUCCACAGGACCUGCUCCGAGGCCGCCACCCAGGCCCGCUCCGCGCUGCGGCGGUUCCGGGAGGCCGCGGCGGGCGGCGAGGGCGGCGAGGCCGCCGUGCCGGCGGCGAGCCGGCGGCAGCGCCUCACCGUCAGGCUGCCGCUGCCGUCCCCGGAGCGCCAGGACGACGCGGUACGGGAGUACAGCCAGGCGGAUUGGCCGGGCGGCAUCCAGCAGCGCUUCCGCCGCCUGCGGCCGCUCGUCGAAGAGCAGUUCCUCAGCGGCUACGACCCGCAGUUUGUUGGCAUGCUAGAGUCGCCGGCAGACGGCAUCGGCGUGUGGCGCGCGGCAGGCGGCAGCAUCACGGUUGUCGGCAACCUCAACUUUGCGUCCUUUGCCAGGCUGUGUGCCGGGGAGUUUGGAGAGAGUGUGCUGGACCCGCAGCACACCCUGAUUGCGGUCAACCACACGUGGACCUCGUCCCGAGACAUCGGGCAGGCAGGUGGUGGGCUGUGGGACAAGAAGCUCAAGGCGCAGGCGGCGGCGCUGAUAGACGACCCGUGCGCCUGGCUGCCGCUGUACCAUCUGUGGGACGUGCGUACUGCCAAGGGCGCCACCGGCCUGCUGUUCAGGUCGUGGCCCCACGACUGGCAGCUCCACUCCACCACCGGGCAGGACGAGGAGCGCGCGGCGGCGCUGGAUGCGCCGCCACUGCUGGUGACGCCCGAGCGGCCCAGCCAGGAGCGGCAGAUUGAGGCACUCAACGCCGCGCUGGAGGCGCAGCGCCGAGAGGAGAAGGAGUGGUGGCAGCAGCGGCGCAAGUAG